AAUCAGAAAAAGAUCAACCAUGUCCUUCGACAAGGCCACCACACCGCACUCACCUCCACUCUGUCUCUCUUUCUCUUUCGGAUUGGAUUAGGAUUUGUUUCGAGUUGUUGUGCUCUGAUUUAUUUUCGCUAAUGUAUUCGGAAGAUCUUAGUAUUGAUCUCGAGGGCGUUGUUUCGGGGAACUUUUGGGUGGAAUUUUGAGCGCAGGAGGAGCCGAUUUGGGGGAAACAGCUAAAGGUUGAAUCUUGGGACGAAGCGGCGAUGCGGCAGAGGAGCUUGAGCCUUGGUUUUCGUUCUCUGUGAUCGGAGUGUGGCGUGCUCUUUCUUCGCGUUUUGCUGAGGUCUGAGUUUGUGUUCGAUCCCUUCUCUAUGUAAUUCGGAGGAUUCGAGGAAGUCGGAGCGGGAUUUUUGGUCUGUGAUUCGGAGCUAGGGUAGGUGGGGCAAAUGUGGUUGAUUUAAUCUCCGGUCAUCUGUUUCUGAGUUCUUCGGCGAUCGGUGCGAAGAAGUGUGCUGGUGAGGAGGGCAAAGAGUCGGACAAGUGAGCAAGGAGGGAUCUUGGACUGCUUGGAGGUUUCGGAAAAUGCAGAAAGAUCCGAGGAAGAAGAAUGCACCAGAACUGGACUUCUUUAGUGAAUAUGGAGAUGCCAGUAGAUAUAAUAUUCAAGAAGUUAUUGGAAAAGGAAGUUAUGGAGUGGUUUGUUCAGCAAUUGAUACUUAUACUGGAGGGAGAGUGGCUAUCAAGAAGAUAAAUGGCAUCUUUGAGCACAUAUCUGAUGCUGCUAGGAUCCUUCGUGAGAUCAAGCUUCUCCGACUUCUUAGACAUCCAGAUAUAGUGGAGAUCAAGCACAUCAUGUUGCCUCCAUCAAGGAGGAGCUUCAAAGAUAUUUUUGUUGUUUUUGAGCUUAUGGAAUCAGAUCUUCAUCAAGUUAUCAAAGCAAAUGAUGACCUGACAAGAGAACACUAUCAGUUUUUUCUGUAUCAGUUGCUCCGUGCACUAAAAUAUAUACAUACAGCUAAUGUUUACCAUCGUGAUUUGAAGCCAAAGAACAUUUUAGCAAAUGCAAACUGCAAACUCAAAAUUUGUGAUUUUGGUCUGGCUAGAGUUGCAUUCCAUGACACACCCACAACAAUUUUCUGGACGGAUUAUGUUGCAACCAGAUGGUAUAGAGCUCCUGAGUUAUGUGGUUCGUUCUUUUCCAAGUACACCCCUGCUAUCGAUAUUUGGAGCAUUGGCUGCAUUUUUGCUGAGGUGCUGACCGGGAAGCCACUUUUCCCCGGUAAAAAUGUGGUUCAUCAAUUGGAUUUGAUGACCGACCUACUGGGAACACCAUCGUUAGACACCAUUUCUCGGAUUAGGAAUGAGAAAGCGAAAAGGUAUCUUAGUAGCAUGAAGAAGAAACAACCUGUGACAUUUGCACACAAGUUUCCUAAUGCAGACCCAUUGGCGCUCAAACUCUUGGAGAGGCUAUUGGCUUUUGAUCCCAAGGACCGGCCUACCGCCGAAGAGGCAUUAGCUGAUCCAUACUUCAAAGGUCUUGCAAAAAAAGAAAGAGAACCAUCUUGUCAGCCAAUUACGAAAAUGGAAUUUGAGUUUGAGCGACGAAGAGUGUCUAAAGAAGACAUACGGGAACUUAUUUUCAAUGAAAUAUUGGAGUAUCAUCCUCAGUUGCUCAAAAACUACAUCAAUGGAACUGAAAGGACAAAUUUCAUGUAUCCUAGUGCGGUUGAUCAAUUUAAAAGACAAUUUGCUCAACUUGAGGAGAAUGGAGGCAAACUAGGAUCAAUGAUGUCCUCGGAUAGGAAACAUGUUUCGCUCCCUAGGUCUACAGUGGUUCAUUCUCACACUAUCUCUCCCGAACAAGUUAAUAUGGUUUCAAUAAGAGAUCGACAAGUUGCCGCAGAAACUUGCAGAAUCCCUCAAUACAUAAAGCAAUUGUCUGGAAAUGUGGAGACGACUUCACAAGUUCCUCAAAGUCUUCCAAUCGCAAAAUCUGGAAAAGUUGUGGCAUCUCAAAUGCAAGGCACAAAGCAGUUGUUUAGAGAUGCUGUGGCGCCUCCGCAACCUAUUAUGCCUGAACCAUACUGUCUAGAAAGACCAACAGGCAGCUCAACGAAAGACCAAAUCGGUGCUGAGAUUGUUUCUAGUAUAGGUUUCGACAACAUGAGAGCUUCCCAUUUCUAUCUUCAAGGAGCAGCCAAGGCUGCUCCAGCCGGAAGAAUGCCAAUCGAGGCAAGUCUGCUGCCGGCGAAAGCCACCUGGAAUGGGAUUGCUGUUGCUGCAGCAGCGCCUGCUGUUGGUGCUCAUAGGAAGGUUGGGACGUUGCAUUUCAGCAUGUCAAAGAUGCACUAAUGCGUAAUGACUGGCCCAAAAGGGUUCCUUCAUCUUGCUGAAAGUAGAGCCAUUGUAAAUGCUUGAGUUUAACAAUCGAGAAACCGAAAUAUGUGUGAAUAAGAGUUGCAAAAAAUCAGUCGCUAAGUUUCUAUUUUCUCUUACUGAGCAUGAUCCUAGUGAGAUAAAUAAUUUCAGUCUACAAGUUGUUUGAUUUUUGGCUUUCUUGUUAUAUAAUUGGAUGUAAUUGUGAA